UCCCUGAGAGGAGAAGCGGCCGGUCGUGAGGCGAAGAGAGGCGGGUGGCCUCCGCCGUCGACCGCCACCUUCCUCCAUCCCUCGCUCCUCAGUCCUGUGGCCCUCUCCCCCCCCACCCCACCGAGGGCAAUCACGACAUGCCCCUGGGCCAGUAUCUGGAGGGGGCUUGCCGGGCCCUCAGGGUUUGGGCAGCAGCGUUCUCCCGCGACAAAAGAACUGAGUCAGAGCCAGAAAACCCAUCAUCUGAGCAGCGAGGAGAAGAUUGGAGGACUCCAAUCAUCCAGCCCUGGGAAGACAGGAAGGACCGGAAGAGGAGGAGGAGGAGGAGAAGGAGGCUGCUUCACAGGUGGCCUGGAUGGGGCAGGCGGGCAGAGCCUAAAGCGAAGGAAGAGAUUGGCACCGUCAUCGUCCUCCCCAUCCCCGCCCCCGAAUCGGCCUCCACCGACAGAGGCUGCUGCUACUGCUGCCCCCACCCCACGGAGAGGGCCCUGGCCACCAGGCCCGACGCCUUGUGGGGACCCCUGGAGGGGGCCGGCUGGGGGAGGGCUGGCUCCUGGCACACCAGCGCCUCCGCGUCCUCCCUGGCCUCGGCCCCGCUCUACCCGCUCCUGCCCUGCUCCAGUCAGUCGGCAGCCAGGGUAGUCUCCUCCACUUCCGUCCUCCCCCUGCUCUCCAGAGCUCAGUCCAGUAAUCUCAGUCACCCUGGUUCAGCUAGGGGGUCUUGGUCACACCUGCCGUGGGACUGAUUCCCACGCCCACCCCCACCCCCCAAUCCCCCACCAGGGGCUCGGGCCCCGGAGCCCAGAGUCUCAGCUGCAAGGUGGAAAUGGGUGCAAGGUGAAUCAUGAAUUUAAUAAAUGACCACGGCACUGGUCAGAUGCU